AUGGCAAAUCGGCGAAGCAGCUACGAGAAUGAGACGGAUGCACUCAUCGAGGACGAGGCGGCACCACUCUAUGAUGGCGAGUAUCCACCGAAGCGCUGGUCGAGGCAGCCCAAGUUCAGUCUAGCAAAACUGCGGCCUGACCUCAGCAAGCCAUGGCCGCCCGUCGUCCGCCUUGUUCUGCUGCUCAUCGUGCUCGUCCCGCUCGUCAAUUGGAUAGCGCUUGCGUAUGUCUUCAGCCGGAGUGCAGCUUUCUUUCCGCCUCUGCUCAGGACAAGCAAGCAAGUGCUACUGUUAGCAGCUCAUCCCGAUGAUGAAUGCCUCUUCUUCUCGCCUGCGAUCACUUCGAUACUGCAGAGAGCAGACGAUGCGACGGGCCAUGUCCUCAUCAUGUCCUCCGGCAAUCACUAUGGCCUCGGAGCACAGAGGCGCAUCGAGCUCAAGGGCAGUUGUAAAGCUUUGGGCAUCGCCGAACAGAACUGCGAUGUGCUCAACACGACAGACAUACAAGACGAUCCGACGUACUGGUGGCCCGAAGAGCGACUUGUAGAGCUCAUCAAAGACCACGUUGCUCGAUGGAACAUUGACACCAUCGUCACUUUCGACUCCGGCGGCGUGUCGGGCCAUAUAAAUCAUAGAGCGGUAUCAGCUGCUGCAGUCGCUCUAGCCAAACAAGAAGGUGCGCCGAACGUCUAUACGUCAGCUACAGUCAACGUUCUGCGCAAGUACUCAGCCUUGCUUGAUCUGCCAUUGACCAGUCUCGCCUUUGUUCCGCGAUUCCUCACAUUGUCAGACUCGAACAAUCAUGCGCUACUCGUCGGCACAUUCUCGCAGUAUCUCGCAGCUCGGAAGGCGUUCCACUCGCACAAGUCUCAGAUGGUCUGGGAUAGAUACCUCUACAUGCUUGUCAGCCGGUACAUGUACUUCAAUACCCUCUCACUCAGCCAGUCUUGA